UAUCUCUAUGACUUCAUGCGGAACACAACUCGGUAUGGUCUCUGGAGGCAAGUUAGUGGUGACAGUGCAACUUUGAUAACCAGCUGCUUCAAUGGAAGCAAAGAGGUCACAAAUGGAAAAGGAAAUACCGAAAUAGGGUUGUGUGGCCAAUGAGUGAUUCUCAAUUGGGGGAAUUAUUUUUCAGGUUUUUCAACAUCGUUGGGAAUCCACGAUUAUACGUUUUUACGAGAAAAAUCGCGAUUUUGCUACGAUCCUACCUCCCAACGAUCCUAUCUCCGAUUUUAAUAACACUGGCUGUGGUUCUCUAAUUCUUUUCAUUUUGUGUGCUGAGCAGAACCCUCACUGUGCAAGCAUUGGGUAAUUGCAAUGAGCAAUUCCUCCUCUGGAACUGGAACAUCAUCAAAACCGAGGGCAGCUUCCUCGCAACCAUCAGAAACUUCAUCCAAGCGCAAAAGAGGAGUUUUCCAAAAAGAAUUGCAGCACAUGAUGUAUGGCUUUGGAGAUGACCCUAAUCCACUUCCUGAAAGUGUGGCACUUAUGGAGGACAUUGCUGUGGAAUAUGUCACAGAAUUGGUACAUAAAGCCCAAGAUAUUGGAUCUCAGAGGGGGAAGCUAUCAGUGGAGGAUUUCCUCUAUUUGAUUCGCAAGGAUUUGUCAAAACUUAACCGCUGUACAGAACUCCUGUCUAUGAAUGAAGUGCUGAAACAAGCAAGAAAGGUUUUUGAAUCAGAAGAAUUCGAUUGACGAAUAAAAAAUCCUAAAAACAAAUAGUCAUUUAGUUUUAUUAAAUAGUGACGAUAGUUUAUAAAAUAUUUCAAUUUCAUGUGAUUUGGUAUAAAAAUGUAUACAUUGUAAUAUGUAUUGUUUAUUAUUUUCUUAUAUAAACAGAUUAAGUUGAUUGCUCUAGAAAAAAUUAUAAAUCUACUUGAUUGCUU